AUGUAUCUAAUUUAUAAAUUUCAUAAAAAUAAUGCGAUGCUUGUAUAUUUACUGUUCGGUUUACAUAUUUUGAACGUAUGGGCCGAACCAAAAUCUGAAUUUAUUUCUCAUGAAAAUUGUAAGUGUUAUGUACGUUACGCUAUAAAAAUUACUCCUUAACAAAUAUUAAAUAUUUCAAUUUAAUUUACGUUUGUAAUAAAUUACGUAUACCUAAAACGUUAUUAGUGAUAAAUAACGUUUUCUACAUUAAAUUAAUAUUUUAAAAGUAUUAUAAAGAAUAAAAAACAUUGCUAAUUUUUUAUUUAUUUAAAUUCAAAUUUAAAGAGAAUAUUGUUUAGUUUAAGGAUUGUUUUAAAAUUUGUGUAUGAACUUAAUUAUACACAAAUUUACCCAAUUUAUGUAACGAUAUAUUUACCUUUAUUUAGUACAUGAUAAAUUUUCAUAAUGCAUACAAAUCAUACAAUUACUAAUUUAUGGCAUUUUAUUUUUGUUUAGUCACUAAAAUUGAUUAUGACAUCACUACGAUUUAUAGAAUCCAGAAUAUGAGUACAAGUACAAAUUUAGUGUUUCCUGGUUUUAAUUUUAAAGGUAUGUAUAAUAUAAAUUUUUUAAAGCCUACGUUACUAAAAGUAUAUAAAAUAAAAAAAAACACAUAAACACAUCAAAUACAAAAAAAUCCUGUAACCAACGGUAAGCUAUCGAUAACGAAAAACAAUUCAGAGCGAAGUUCGAAUAUACAUGUAUUGAAAGGCCGUAAUAUUUACAAUUUUCGUCAGUUUAAAAAUCUUAAAAAUCUUAUAAAAAUAUAAAAAUACUACAUUAAAUUAAAUUUUCUUUUUUACCACAAAGUACGACUUUUAAAAAACCGAAAGUCAAAUUGUCACGUAUUUCUGCUAAUUCUAACAAUUCAUUUACAGAACACCAACCAAAUGAAAAUUACAUAAAAUCUGGAAAAAUUAAAAUGUUUAUAAAUAGCUAAAAAAUUGCUCAAAUUUUCUGAAAGUUUUACCAUAUCUAGAAAAAAAAAAAAAUUUAAGUUUUCUGUCAAUAUUUUAUGUCCCUUAGAAUAUUUUAAACUGAACUACAAUAAAUAAACAACAUUUAAAAUAAUUAUUAUUUUCGCACAUAGUCAUCGUUCUCCUACGAAUUUUCCGUUUUGCUCAACUAUUAAAAAAAAAUAACAAAGAAAUUCAUAAAACGAAAAUUUUGUUCACCAACAAGAUUAAUCAUUCAAUAAAAAGGUCUUUUGAUAUUUUUCUAUUGAGACCAUAUUUAUGGUAGAAAACAUAGGUCGUAUAAAUUUAAAAUAAUGAAAUCGUAACACCAUAAAUUUGUCAUUUUUUUAUUUUAGGUUUUUUCCAGUUUUCAUUAUUUUGUAAUAUAAAUCUAUAUUAUAUAUAUAAAAGAAUAUCUGUCUGUAUGUCCUUUAUAGAUUAAAAACUUACCGAACUAAUUUAAACGGGAUUUUUUGCAAAACGUUUCGCGUGGUCCAGAAAAGAUUUAUAGCUAUUGGAAUUUUCAAAAUGGCAGCUAUUAUUUAGGGGUAAGAAUAGUUGCCACAGGGAUUUUGGUAUUUUGUUGUAUACUUUUUGUUAAUUAGGUUACCUCGAUAACAAACUAAAUAUUAUUAUUAUUUUUGUUGAUUAUGUGGUAUCUAUUUCUAUGCGAUAUCAUUUUUCGAUUUUCCCAAGAGUUUUCCCAGCAAAUGUGAAUAAUUGGGAUAAAACAUGGGGAAACCGGGAAAAACGUAGGAUUACUAGGAAAAUAGGUACAACAUUAAAUAAAUAUUAUUUAAGAAAAAACAUAAAGCCUAUUUAAUUAUUUUACUAUAAAAUAACAUACAUAUUGUUGAUAAAGCAUCACUAUUAACUGAACUUUGCUUAAAAUCUUUUUUUCCUAAGCAAUGGUUAAUCAUUGCUAACAGAUAUAAAUUAAAUUUCCUUUAACAGUGGUUUCACCCGUCCCCAUUAUCCUAGGACGUCUUUUUUUAUGACUUUAAAUAUUAUAUUAUUAAUAAGGUACUGAGCGUUAAUUGUUUGAUGAAAAUAAAUAAUAUUUCCUUUUCCCGUAAUUUUUAGAAUAUACGAUUUGAUUGUGAGCCAAAAGCUUUGAUGUCCUUUUCUUUAGAACACCAAUUGAUUCCUAGAUUUUACAAGUGCCGAAAAGGGCGACAUAUUUACUUUUCUUUUCACUUUUAACAAGUGUAUCUUAUAAAGCUUUGUCUUGUUCCGACCGAUGCUUUGAUCACGGCAAUCCACUGCAUUGGUGAGAUACCACGAAAAAAACAAGAUGGGAUUGCCGGAGAAGUUUACUAUAUUAUUAUUAUUGUUAGAUAUAAUCGCUCGAAAUUGUAUUAUCUAUUUAAUUUGAUAAACGACCGGUUGAAUCUAUUGUAAUUGAUUUGAUAGUCGGUCGAUCGAAUUUAUUGAGCGAUAUUUAUAAACCGCCUGUGCACGUUUUAAGUAGUAUAAGUUCAAAUACAUACGUUUCAGUUAAAACUAGAUAUUAGACUUAUUUAACCCCACGGUUGAUUCUAGUUUUAACUAACGUGAAAACCAGACGAAAGGGAUUUGUGGAAACUAGUUUUGACGGAUUUCGGGUUUUAAUUAUAAUAUUAUUCUUAAUGUACGCAUUAUUAUGCUUAUUUUAUUUAUAGAAUUCAAGAAUGAAACCGGCAUCUUCCCGUGUUAUGGAUGCGUUUCAAUUGAAAUACAUUCUAGAACAAAUUCUAUCGGGUUCCCGAUACAUUACAAUUAUGAAACAAUUUCAAAAAAAAAUGUACAAGAAUUAUUUGAUGCUGGAUUUUUUCAUAAAUAUACCAACGCUUCUUACAUCGCACCAUAUUUAAGAAACGAAACCUUUACUCUACACGGUAAAAUAAUAUUGAUUAUUAGAAUAUCAUCAGUCAUUAUUUUAAUAUUUGUUGUUUUUAAAUAAAUAAAAAUUGUUUAAUAUAAACCGAUAAAACUAAUGAAAACUUGGGUCACGGGAUACGAAUGAAUAUACAGGUACCUAAUUUUAAAAUUAAAAUUUGAUUGUAUUAUCAUUGAAAUAAUGGUUGACGAUUAAUCGUUUUAUUAUAAUAAAUAAUUUUAAGGUUUUGUCAUAUGGACAUAUUUGUAGGUACACAUUUAUAUAAUAUGUAGACACUUAUUGUUUUUAAAUUAUCUGACUAAAAUAAUGUACAAUUAAAUUAUUUAAGGUUAUCGAUAAAUGACGGUGAUGCACAACAAUAUCGACAUCAAACGAUUAUCCAAUAUCGAUAUUGUCUUAAAUAUCAAAAUAUAUUAAACCUAUAUUAAAGAUUUCAUAAAUAGAUGUAUUUUUAUAUAAAAUAAAUUUUAGUGUUAAAAUUUUUGAUUCCCACCAAUCUAUUGAUGAGGUAUUCCACUUUUAAAUUUUAAUUGUGGGAUAGUGGUGGUGCAUUAUUAACACGCCGCGUGUCGUAUUGCCACACAAAUGAUACUCCACUAUUCUCUAGAACGCGUGGAUUGUUUUUUUUUGUUAACCACUUUUCCAGGCGUAUACACAAACUGUUAUAAUCAAAGGCAAAUUGGUUUAAGGUUAACGCAUAAUGCGUCUGUUAGCGUUCCAAUAAUGCAUUUAUAUGACCACGAGUUAUGUAUAGUCUUUCAACGGGAAGCUAUUAAAAGUGAGCAUGUCUAAAUGUCUAGCAAAACAGAGUACACACGCAAUAGAUAGGUAUGUAGGAGUUAUGGAUUAUUAGAUACAAUGGUCCGCCUUCGGUUCUGCAACCACUAUAUUUGGAGGAUAGAGUUUGAAAUGGUUGUAUAGGUAAAGGAAGAAGGAUGAGAAAGAUGAGGAUUAGUAUAAGGCAUGGGAUGACGAAAAAAUGACAUGAACGGCGUCUUAUAUAGGCUUUCUGGGUACCCCACUCUAUUACCGCCGCUGACCAGGACGCGGCGUAUCGGGGUGUGUUAAAGAUAAUUGACAUGGCGGAGUUUAGUACACUUUAGUGGUCAGUGUAAGUAUUUGUUGAUUGUUCUGGGGGUUGGUAGUUGUAUAGUGUCACGCCUGAUCGUUUAUUUCCAAAACUAAAUAUUUAAUACAUUAUAUAUAUAGUCAUGUUUUAAAAUGACCACGUCCAUAAGGUCGACAUCUUAGAAAAGAAUAAUAAUUGAACGACAAAGUAAAAUUGAAUUGUUAUUACAAUUUGUAUGUUUUACUGUUUUCAUACAAUAUUUGUUUGUAUGGUAAAUUACAGAAUAAAAGGGAUAUGAAAUAUAUGCUAUGUAUUUGAUAAUAUUUAUGAAAUAUAGUUGUUACUGUACAAUACAUUGGUGAUGAUAUUUUGAUUCUAUAUAAAAUGAAAGAUGUUAGUAAUUGAAAUAUAUUAAUUUUAUCGUUUAUUUAUUUUAAGAGUGGGUAUAGAAUGUUCAAGUGGAUAGCGUGUAUGAUAAGUACCUAUGGGGUCAAUAAUUAGAUUCGAAUGUUAAAUAUGGUGAUAACAUAUAUUAUUAUAGUCUCAAGUGCUAACCUCAUUUUGUGUCUUUUAAAAGACUCUUUGGAAAUUUUAUAAAGAUGAUAAAUCAUCGCAUGUAAGAGAUAAAAUUUUAUUCUUUAUGUCCUUCGAGAUAAGAUUUCCGCAUCUGUUGUCCCGGCCUAUGUUACAAUUAUUUAAUUUUGUCCACCUACUUCAGUGAUUAAAUUAUCCAGAGUUAAAUUAGGACGAAGAGAGUCCAGGUCCUCCUAAAGUUCACUCAUUAGUGCUUCCAGAGAUGCAAGUUUCUUUUUAAAAAUCCUUUCCUGGACCUCCCUGAAUUUAUAUAUCUACAGGUCCUUAAGAAAUGGUGGUGUUAUAAGUAUAUUUCUUUUUUUAUCGAGAAGCAUAGGUUUGCCAAUGAAUUUAGAAAAUCGUCUGGUGCAGACGUCGGCAAUGACGACGGUGGCUGCCGAAACUAGUUCGUAACUGUCUUUGUAUAAUUCGAAGUCGACCAUUAUAACUUUAGGAGAUAUUGAUGUAGCUGUGCUAGACAUUUUGGUGGUGGAGAUAUUUUUGGGGGUAAUAAUAUUGGAAAAAAAAGAGAGAAGAGAAAAAAAAUAAUUAUAAUUUUAUGAGAAAUUGAAUGUUGUCUAUAGUGUAAUAUGUUAUAUAAUGUAUAAUAUAUAUUAUUUAUAUUUUUUUUUAUUUUAAUGAAAGGAAUUAAAUUACUGAAAUAGGUGUUAUUGAAAUAAUUCCACUCUAAUAAUGCGAGUGAGAAAUUUAAAAAUAAAAUGUACUUACUUGAGAUGAAUCUAAAUGAAGUCUUGGUAUGAAUAGGAAUUUGUGAUAUGUUUCUAGAUUCAAUGAAUAAUAUCGACUGUCGUUCGAUUUUGUAAAACGCCUUGGGGUAGGGUUUGAGUAUAUCUGUUUAUUUGUGACGAGGGAUUUAUAAUUUGUUAAUUUUGUUAUGAUGCGUUUAUAUUUAUUUGGUUUAUCCAAGGGAUACAUGUGCGGCAGUUUGUUUGGUUUUAUGAUGGGGUAUGGGGUACUAAUAGGUCUAUUGUACUAUUGCUUGUGUGAAUUGAAUGGCGCGAGUUUGUUUAAUUUGUAAUUUAUUGGUUAAGUAUCCGUCGUAGGACCCUUGAUAAUAAAUUCGUUCAGUAAUUUGCAGAUACUUCUGGUAUAUUUGUAUUGAUAAUUUAAAAGAACUUAUAAUUGUUCAAUUAUAUGGCUUCAAUUAUUAGGUUUAUAAUGUAAGCCUGAAGGGAAAUAUUAUUUUCGGUUAUGUAUGUUCUUUCUAAUUCAUUAGAUAUUAUUGUGUAGUUGAAUUACCUGUCUAAUGGAAUUGCAGCGAUAGAGAAGGAAUAAUCAUCUAAUUCAAUAUUCAUAAUGAUAUCUCCUAGAUAAUAGUAAUUAAUUGUAGAGAUUGCUUGAAAAGGUGUGAUACUUAAAAUAUUCCAUUAAAUAAAGGUGUACUUAGUAUACAUGAGUCAUUGAAGUAAAUCGCUAGUUAUUGUAAAAAAAGACCAGAAAAGGUAUUUGACAAAAAGUUAAGUUUCGAGUUGUUUUCGUUAAAGUAUAUAACGAAAUGUAAAUUUUGUAUUUGUAAUGUGAGGGCUUUCGAUUGUAUAGGUAGCUUUUUGAAGUCCUUAUAGUGUUUACCCAAAUAUUCCGUCAUAGCUAAGUUUACCGAAUCUGGUAGAAGUCCUGAAGUUAAAAUAAAAGAUGCCAAAAAUGCAAUUAUGAUGAUUAGAUUUUUUAAAAACUAUUUUGAAUUUGUGGCUAAUGGUGAAAAGUGACGCGAUAAUUGUGCAAUGAAACAUAUAAAUAUUUCUAACGAAACGAUUGCUCGUAUGUACAUAAAUUUUGGUAUUUUUAAUUUUCUAGCAUGGGUAAUACGAUUUUCUAUUAUUGUUCGGUUAUUUUUUAGAUUUGAUAUUUUAUAAUUGAGGCAGAUUAAGUAAUUAUUAUUGUUAUUAUCGGUAUAUUGUGCAUAUUUAAUAUUUUUUAUAGACAUUCCGUAGCGUAUUGAGAUCGUUGUUUUGAAGAUUUUCGCAACAACACGUAUGUCGAAUGUGUUAUUUAUUAAGAAAGCAAUUAUUUCUGGGUAUUUAUUAAGAGUUAAUUUUGCCAUGUUCAAUUUGUCAGAAUAUAAUAUUAUUUCUAAUUCUAAUGAACUAGUUUCCCAAUGGAAAUAUUUAAUAAAUUACAGAAUGGCAUGGUUGUAUGUUUCGUAGUCUUGGACGGUAGAAAGAAAAAUAAAACAGAAAAUGAGUGUAUCAGGGAUGAGAACGUUUAGAUGGAUGAGUGGAGUGACGAGAGAAGAUACGAUAAGGAAUGAGUACAUAAGAGGUAGCUUAGGCGUGGCUUUGAUAAAAGACAAAAUUGGAAAAGAUAGACAGAGAUUAAUUGGUCAUGUUACGAGGAGAAUGGAAAAUGAAACAGUAAGAACUACAGUGAAAAUAAAUAUAGGAGGAAAGCAAAUCUGAAAAAAAGAGCGUUAGAUGUGGUUAAGAGUGUUAAGAGGACAGUUGGUGUAUGCAAUUUAGCUUUGCACGGUUCAGUUUUUCGAAAACCGAACUAGACCAGUAAUGUGAAAUUAAGACCAGGACAGAAAUGAACUUAUGAAACUAACCAUAGGACUAGACCGGAUUUUUCCUCAACUAAAAUAAGCCAAGAGCAGACUUUUCAAGAGCAAAUAUCAGUGACUAUUACUAAGAAACUAUAUUUAUUGAAUAUGAAUAUAAAUUGCAUUCGAAUUUUUAGAAUAAUAUCUUUUAGAAAAUGGUUAUUUUGAAAACUUUGAAGUAAUAAAAUAAAAUAAUUUUCUUUAAAUAAUUAAUAGAUGCAUAUAAAAAUUACAUUUUUUUCUGCAUAAGUCUCUCUCGCAUAAAUCCGGAUCGAAAAAAAAAAUGUAGAAAAAAAAUUAAAAUUGACAGAAUUAUUAGCAUAAAGAUAACGCUGUAGGACACUCUGAAUCUCGACAGUCGUAAAUUACUGCGAUUAUAAUCCACACUGUAUUUUGAAUCUAAACUAAUUAUAUUUUAUCAAUUAUUUCCAGGAAUGUUUAAAUUACCCGUUUUGGAAUGCAAAUUGGAUAAUAUUAGAUUUACUGAUUGCAUGUUCAACAAAUACUCUCAAUGUACUAAAUAUUAUUCAACAUUUUUAACUUUGGACUGGAUACCCGAAAAAAACCAAAAUUGUUUAAUAAUAACAUAUAAAUUUACAUUUAAUGAAGAUUUUUAUAACUCUAAAUACUAUUUCGAUAAUACGAAAGUUAACGUUAGUAUACAUGAUGGAUAUGAUAAUGUAAUAACUUCUGUAAUAUUGGAAAUAGGUGUAAGUCCUACAUAUAUAUAUAUAUAUAUUUGAUUUUAGUAUCUAUAUGUUUAAGAUAUGGUACUUUAUACUCGUGUAAUUAUGUGUUAACUAAAUAAUAAAUUGUUGUGUAUAGACAGAAAUACAAACAUUGCGAAUCACUAAUAUGACUUUUAUGAAAGACAAAAAAUAUCAAUUGUCAAUAAUUAUUUUAACAAAUUUUAACUAUAGAUCAUCGAUGAACUAUCAACAGGAAAUAUUGUUUACAAUCUUACGAAUCGCUCAAUAUAAUAACCAAGGUAAUACAAAUAAUAAUUUAUUGUACCAAGUACCAAAUAAAAAAAAAUUAUAAAUAUAUAAACAUUUUCAUAGCAUAUUAAUAAUAUUAUUAAUUUCUACAUCUUAUUUAAGUUUCUCAUCAAUACAUAUGUCGAGGUAUUUUAUAGAACUUACAUUAUUUAGAGUAUCGCACUUACAUUUAUUUUCAGUUAAAUUGUUGACACAACUUUUAGAAUGAACAUCUGAAUGUUUAGGUUUUUUGAUUGUGAGUGGGCCAAAGAAUGUAAUGGUUUUACAGUGAUGUUUAUCUUUUUAUUUUCUAUUUUUUUUUUUAUUCUGUGACCAACUGUUCUACCAGAUAUUUUACUCCGAUUUUCAAGUGUAAAAUAUUUUCUGAAAUUAAAUUUUUGUGGAGUAUUAGGUACUUUAGAGUGGUAGUUUUUUAAAUUUUCAUAGGCUUUCCCAAUAAAUGAGAAAAACCUGGAAAAAACAUAGGAAAACGGUAAAAUGUACGAAAUAUUUUAUUUUUAAAUCGUAAAUAUUAUAGCCUUUCAAAACAUGUAUAGCUGAACUCCGUUCAGAAUCCUUUUUCAAUGGAUAAAUCAUUGUGUAAAGAUAGGUACAUUAAAUUUAUCAUCUACCGUUUGUUUUUUUAUUACGAACAUGGAAUUAAUAAGUUCUUUCCAUUUUGAUUUCAAACGAAUUAUCGUAGGGGCGGAGUAGCUUGAUAGUUCUUACCGGGCAAAUAUAUAUAUGUCCUGGCCACUUCAAUUUUUACUAUUUCUUGAUACGAUCAUAUGAAUCAUAUGUCUAAUUAAAAUUUCUGUUAAAGAACCACAAAAACACAUUUUUGGAUCACACAUUUAUAGAAACUUUUAUUACCCAAUUAACAUCAUUAAAACUUCUUCCACAAUAUCCACCAUUAUACAUAUUUUUUUUAAGAGAAUACAUUUUUUAGGAAAAUGAAAAGAUUAUGAGAUCUGCUACCAAUAAAUGUGUUUUAAUAAUAUUAUUUUAGAGAUUUAAAAAAAUAUGCGUUAAAUAUUUAAUAAAAUAAAAAUUGAAAAUAUUAAGUAUCAUGUAUCUUGUAUUUAGAUGAAUUAAAUGCAUGUAACAUAAUAAAUUAAUACUCUAUUUUGAAUGCAUAUAAGUAUUAUGUAAUAUAUAAACCAAUAAAAAUAUAUUUUAUAGUUUAUAGCAUAUUUGAUAUUAUUUUAGAUGAAGAAGAAGUUCGAAUUAUUACAAAUUGUGGGAAAACCGUUGUAUUCAACCCAAAACCAUACACAAUAAUUGGAUUUGGUAACACAAAAUAAUAUAGUAUAUAAUAUAAUAUAACACAAGUCUUUUAAUAAACCUAUAAUAGUGCUAUAGUGUAUACAACCAGUAGAUAAUUUAAAUAAAGUAUAAACUAUACAGAUAAAAUAAAUAAUAGAAUUGAAAAAUGUACUUGGUAUCUAUGUAAAUUUAAAGUAGUUACUAGAUAUCUGUUUGGGUUUAAAUUUUAUACUGUAAUUGAUUCUCGUCAUUUAAUGUAAUUCAAUUAUUCAAAUCAUUGUAAUUAUACGCUACCAGUUAAUGCAACCAGCUAAUUAUGGUGAAUAGUGACAUUAAAGUUACAUAUUUUUAUAUUGAUUAAAUAUAUUAUAGAAAAUUCAUCAUUUAUGGAUUUUGAUGGUCCAAACUUGUGUUUAAAUGGUGGAUGGACUUCCAGUAGUUCAAAAUGUAUUUGUCCUCCUGGAUUCACUGGAGAGUUUUGCGAGACAGGUAAUUAAAUGUAUAGGUUUUGAAGAUAAUACCUAAUAGUACAUAAUAUAAUAAAUAAUAAUCUUAGAAUUUACUAUUGUAGAUCUUUUUUUUUUAUUUAGACAUUUCUUACAUACAGUGAUAUCAUGAACCGGUAAAAUUAUCGUAGGAUUUUAAGUGUAUUCGAUUUAUGUUUUUUCAAUCAGUAUAGAAUUGUUGCUUUAUUUUAAUCUAUUGUAAAUUUUUACCCCUGCUUUUAAUACCUUAACUGAGUAUAGAUUUUUUAUUUUAUACUCGGAAGAAAAUAUUAUUUUUUCGAACGUUUAUUUGGGGGUUCCUUUUAGAACGCAAAAACUGUAAAUCUAUAAUUUAAUUUGUAAGGAGUAGGGGAAUAAUAGUGUUAAAAUACAGAUUUAAUAAUUUCAUAAUGACUGACAAAAACUUAAAUCAAAUUCAGUUUAAUACCUCUGAGAAAAUCGAUGGUACAUUGAUUUAUCAUGCCAUGAUAAGUAAAUCAUACAAAUUAUUCUAAAUGCUCUUUUAGUAUGUGCGCAUUGACAAUUCAAUUUUAGAGAGCGUUAUUUAUUUACUGAUUUAAUGGUCACCUAAAAAUCGAUAUAAUUAUUAUAAAUAUCCAUGAAAACAAAAUUAAAUAAUGUAUGUUUUAGGUUGUGGCCCGAAUUUAUUUGGAUCUGAUUGUACUGGGAUUUGUUCUAUGCAUCUAAGUGAACAAUGCCGUGGAAUGUUUAUGUGUACGAAUUAUGGAUGCACGUGUCCAGUAGGAUUAACCGGUCCAUUGUGUAGUGAUGGUAAAUUUAGCAUUUUAUAAUCAAUAAUAGUGUUAUAAAAAUAAAAAUAAAAAUUUAAACAAAGAAUUAAUACUUGAAGAUAAUUAAUGCGCCACUGUUAUAGGUGGGAAGUUAGGAAGGUAUAAUAUAUUAGGUUAUUUAAUUUAUACCUGUAACCAACGACAAUCCAUUGCUAACGAAAAACGAUUCAGAGUAAAGUACGGAUACACAUAUUUUGAACGGCUUUGAUUUUCUUCAACAUUUUAUUAAUAAUUUUAAUAAUUUUGUUUUUACUUUAUUAUUUUAUUAUGUAUAUUAAUUUUUAUUAUCAUCAAUUUGUUAUAAUUAGAUUGCGAAUUGGGUAAAUAUGGUGCUGAUUGUGAACAAACUUGCUCGUCAAAUUGUUUUAACAAUACGUGCGAUAAAUAUACGGGCAUCUGUUCGCAAGGAUGUUCAAUAGGAUACGUACCACCGAAAUGCCAAGAAAGUAAGCUACAAUACUAAUUUAUAAUAACUUAAACCUCUAUGAAAUCCACAAAUUUAAAGUUAUUUAAGAAUUUUUCUAUAAUAUAUUCUCAAAUAUAUUGUCUAAAUAAUUUAUAUUUAUUCUAUGAAAAAUUAAUAUAAAUGUUUAAAAUGUCAGUUGUCAUUUGUCACUAAUAGUAUAAGUAUAUUAUCAAAAUUUUUAUUAUGAAUAUAGGAUCCUUGUUUCACUUUGACACUUUUGAUUAUGUAAAUCCGAAUUUAAUUCCUUUUUCAUUGUAAUUAAAAUUACAAAUAAAUUAUCGUAUAUGGACUUGGGAUUUUUAAUUGUAUUUCUAUAUAAUUUGUUUCAAAUUUCUUAAUGUUGGUCUAAUAUGUGCUGUAUAGUAAAGAAUUUUUCAUUGUUUAGGAUAUCCAUACCUAAUUAAACCACCGACAAUAAUUUCAAAUACGUUUGAGUCAAUAGAGGUAAAUCUGAAUUUUCAUUCAACUAAUAUUGGCGGAGAUAAAAAUCUAAAACUGAAAUAUUAUCAAUUAAUUUAUAAGGUAAGCUUUUAGAAAUAAUAUUAAUUAUGUUAAAUUAAUUUUCAUUAAUGACUAUGCUGUGCCAUUCACUACCUAUGUAUUAAUACGAGUAUAUAUUAUUAAAGAAUACUAUCUUUUUAUAGUAGCUAUGACUAUUGAUUGAAUUAUGAUUGUCAAUUGUAUGAACUAAUUUUUAUUAUCACUUAUUAAAUUAUUUAUAACUAUGAUGAACACAUUUGUUGUAUUUAAAAAUAUAAUAAAUUUGUAUUAUAUCCUUUUAUUCAAGUUCGCUAAAGAACAUUAAUGAAAAAGGGAAAACACGUAUAUUUCCUUCUUUAACGACAUUAACUAAGUAUUCAUAAAAACAAAUUAUUCUCCUAAUCUGAAAUAAAAAAACAUUAAAAUGUUUCAUGUAAAUGCUAUAAUCAAAAGUUGUUAAAUACUUAAAGUAGGUAACAGAAUUGGAAAUAAAAAUUAAUUGAAAAUUAUACAUGUGCUCGAUCGAAAUAAACUUAAAAGUAAUUGUCUUUAAAUUUGUUCAAAUGAUUCAUUAUAAGUUUAUAAUAUUGUACUAGGAAAAAAUCACCGUGUAUUCUAUAACAAUUUCUUAUAAAAACGCAUAUGCUUCUAUUAAAAAAAAAAAAUCAGGAUUAAUAUUGAUAUACAGGUAAUCAGAGGCGUAUAUAGGGGAGGAUUUUGGGGUUCAACCCUUCCCCUAAAAUGUAUGGUUGAUAUAGGCGUAUGGCACACAUUGGUAUUUAUGAAAAUGUAUGUGAAUAUAUUAUAUUAAAGCGUUUAAGUCGUAAUAGAUAUAAAUAUUAUUAUUAUAGUCGGGUAUGAAGUAAGAUUAGAUAACGGCGCACCGCUGCGUGUCGUUUUUUCCAAAUAUAUUAUGGUUUAUGACGUUAAUAUAAGUAACUUUACCGUUUUCAACAGUGUCAUCAGUAAGAUACUUUUCGACGUUUAAAAGAUUGAAAUCGUACUUGAGAAAUAGUUGGUACAAGCGAAAAUCGACCAACAGGAUUAGCCCUCAUGUAAACUCAUCAAAGUAUUUGAAUAGACACUCAAGAAGUUAAUCACUUCUUUUGCCAAUCUCCCUCAAAAAUUAGAUUUUGUUUUUUUAAUUUUAUUUAUGUAUACAUAUAUAUAUAUAUAUAUAUAUUUAUUUACCUAUAUGUUAUACUUGUUUAAAUCUAUAAUUGUUAAAAUAAAGUUAGUUUAUUAUAUUAAUUAAAUAAACUCGUUUUUUUAAAACUCACCCCCCCCCACCCAAAAUUAAUUUCUAUAUAUGCCAUUGCGGGUACUUUCCGUAUAGAUAUUUGAACUAUUAUUAUUAUUUGAAAUGUGCUGUACUAACCAACACAAUUUGCAUUGAAUAAAUUGUAAUUUUAUCAUAGCUCAAAACGAUAAAGUAUUUAAUGUAGGCACGCACGAAAACAGGAUUACAAGAAACUAAUUUUAUAAUAUUAUGUUUUCUUACAUUAAUGUUUUAAGUUAUUGAAUGAAGAUAAGUUUACCAAUUCCGAACCAAAGGGAAUAAGCGAAAAUAAUAACGGCUCCACUGAAAUUUUAAGCGAUUUAAAACCGGACAGUUUAUAUAAAAUUGGAGUUUUGGUUAUAACAAAUGACGGGAACUUUAACGAUCAGGAUAUCGUGUACGGUCACUAUAGAACAAUGUGUAUACGUAAGUAAUCCGAAUAGACGUAGAAACAAAUUCAAUUAAAUACAGUUGAAAAUAGAAUAAAAACUUUUAUUAAGUACGCAGGUUCUUGAAUUUAUAUUAUACGCGUAAAUUGCCUAUAUUAAUCAUAACGUAAUACAAAAGCGUCCACGAAAGUUGUGAUGUGGAUGAUAUAUUUUCAGUGGACAAUUUUUCUACCAGAGAUUUUACUCUGAUUUUCAAGUGGAGCACUUUUUCAGAAUUGAAAUUGGUGUGGGGGGGAAGUAUUAUAGGGAAGUUAAUUUUAGAUUUUUAAUAAAAUUUGAAAAACCUGGAAUAACAUGGGAAAACUGGGAGAAUAGGAUCAAUAUUCAACAAAAAUUAUUAAAGAAAAUAUAUAAUUACUAUUUAAGUAUUUUAUUUUAUCAUGAUACUGACACAUAUAUUUUUGAAAAAAGCACCAAUAUGAAUUAAAACCUGCCAAGAAUCGUUUAAUUCGUUGGCAAUGGUUUAUUUUUGCUUACAAAUGUACAUUAAAUUCCUUUCUGUACCCUAUCUCCUUAAAUUGCCACUUACAACAGUGACCGCACCCGUCUACUUUAUUGGACAGUUUUGUUUUAAAAAUAAUUUAACUUAUUUUUAUGUAAUAUUAUAAUUAAGUGCGUGUAAGCAUAAAUUACUGUCUAAUUACUGCCUAGUGGCUUCUAUUAAAUUUCUUAUUAAAUUUAUCAUUUGCUCAUGCUCCACAUGCAUUUGUUGCUUAUCAUAUUCUGCUAUUUGGUACUUAUUUGAAGUAUUUUUUGUGCUUUUAUAUGCUGAUUAGAAAGAAGAGAUUUAUAGUUUUACAAAGAUGUUUAUUUAUUUUACAUUCCUUUGCACAACUUUUAACCAAAUAUCUUGUUCUGGUGUUAAAUUGUAGCACCUUUUCAGAAAAAAAAUCGUUGUGGGGAGGUACUUUAAGAAGUUCAUUUUUCGAUUUCUUAAUUUUUUUUUAUCAAAUUUAAAAAACCGAAAAAACGGAAAAUAUAAGACACAAAGGUAUUAAUUUGAAUAUAACGAUUUUUUUUUGUGUGCAAACUUCUCUACUAGUCUUUCUGUUUCAAUUUAUAAUGAUAGCAGAUUUUCUAAAUGGAAAUCCGACUGGAAAGGUAUUUUUGGCAGUCAUAUUUCGAUUUUCUCUGUGGUUUUCCCUGAAAUUAUGAAAACCGGGAAAAUCGGUACAACAUUAAACAAAUAUUAUUAAAGAAAGAAAUUAUUAUAUAAAGCCUAUUUAAUUAAUUUGCUUAUAAAAAUUUUUUUUUUUUUUCUGAGAACAAUUUUUCAACCAGAAAUCGUGUGAUGCAAAAGGUGUUUUACAUUUUUGAAACAUAUAAAGACGAGGCUUCGCAGUUAACUGUAGGAUACCUAUUAAGUUAGAAGCAUUUGUGUUAAUAGGUAUUAAAAAUAGAAAUUAACAUUAUUAGAUUCUAAUAGAAUUAUUAAAGUAGUUCAAAAAGAGAUAUUUAAAAAAAAAAAACCCCUUUAAUUUUAAAUUAUUUACAUCAUUAUUUAAUUAUAUUAAAGAGGUUAGGUAUAAUAUAAUAUAAAUGAUAUAUAACAAUUUAUAUUGUGAUACUAAAUUAUCAGACUAUACUAUGUAUCAAUAAAAAGAAUUCCUAAAUAUCGGCCGUAACAUAUUAAGUUUUAUGGGCCGGUCUAAAGGUCCAAUCUGUCCCCGAUCAUCCCCCAAAAAAACUUAGUUUCUUUUUUUCGUUUUGGUAAUUUAUUUUUUCUUGGUAUUGUUAACACCUAUUUAAAUCACCCUCUCUACAUCCCAAAAACGGUCCAAAUUACAAAAAAUUUACUUAUAUCGAGAUUCAACGUAUUUCAUUAUCCAAACUUUGAUAGUAUAAAAAGUACACUUGUAAUAGAAUUCCGAAAUUAAUAUUGGAUUUAUUCACACUUUUAUAGAACCGGAAAUAAACGAUUACGGCAUUAAAGUAAUACCCGAAGUAAAAAGCGUCCAUAUAACGUGGAAUAAAGUAAGUGUUUUUUUUAUUGUAAUUAUUAAUUGUUAAUUUACCGUUUUAAAACUGUAAAUAUACUGUAAAACAUCAUUGUUACGUAUUAGGUAUACUUAAAUAAACAUUUUUAAUUUCCAGAUAAUUACUAAACGACUUGAAUGCGAAGUUCGUGAAUAUGUUUUGACGUUAACGUUAAAUCAAUCGAAAAAUGGAAUCUCUGAUAUUCAAGAAAUAUUAUCAAGUUCAGACAGUGGACACGUAAUAAACGAUCUCUAUCCUGGAUAUCGAUACACCGUUUCAAUGACUCCUAAAACUUCUUUAGGUUCCUUACAGCCAUCAUCUACUUAUUCAUUUAGUCCAUUUAUGCCGGGUAAAUAUUAGUUUUAAUUAAAUUAACUUAUAUGUCAAUAUAAACGUUUUUUUUCUUUAUUUUUUAAUUAAUUUUAAAUUUAUAGAGUCAGAAAUGAAAAUAAUUGAUAUUGUCACUAGCAUCAACAAUGAUAAAAUAAAAGUAUCGUGGAAAUUAGGAUCUUCAGUUUAUCCAUUCAAUACGUUGGUUAAAAACCCAGUAACAUGCGUUGUCAGUUACAAAGUAAUUUUAUUAAAUUUAAAUAAUAUUAGUUACCUACCUACUUUUACUUAUCUAACUCGUUCAACAAUAAUUAGUAAAUAUUUCGAAUGAAAACUAUGUUCGAUUAAUUUACAAUUAUUAUAUAUUAUGAAUUCAAACAUUUAAACCCCUUUUGAAGUUAUGACCAUGUGGUGCUUAUACUUACGAGUAAAUGUAUUUUAGUAUGUCAAAUACUUCUUCAUUCCUGUAUGAAAUACUUAUGCAAGUUAUUUAAAUAAAAUAAUUACAAUGUCGUUUGGUUAAUUAUAAAUAAUUUAUUAUACUAAUUUAGUAGAUAUGAAUUUAUCCAAAUAUAGGGUGAUAAUAUUUAUAUUACAGAUUAUUUAGCUAAACUUAAAACAACCUAAAUAUUUUAACAAAAGAAUACACGUUGAUAAUCGACUUUAAUACGACUUUUGGUCACAUAUAUUCUAUAAAUUAAAUCCACGCUUAUACAAUAUUUUAGCUCAAUAGAAUAUUCAGUUGUUCUCUAAAUGAAAUAAAGAACGAUAAUUGGACAUCAAUACAAAUUUACAACCAAACAAGUUAUGACAUAUUCGGUGCUGUACCUCAUUCACAAUACUAUAUUAAAGUCGGAGUUCUCAAUUCAGUUCAAAAAGAAAAUACGGUGUAUGUUUAUACACCACCGUCAAGUAAAAUAAUAUAUUAUCAAACUCUCCUACAGUCACACAUUGUUAUUUACUAUAUAAUAUAAAUAUUUGCCCUUUAGAUCCACAAAUAAAACCUGAAAUCGAUAUAAACUCUCCAAUAUCAGUGACGAAUAGCUCGGUAAACGUUAAGUGGAAUGCCGAUUCUAUAGAUUGUACAAAGCUGAACGGAUUCUUAUUGGGAUAUUAUAUAGAAUUAAAGGUUUUUUUAUAAAUAAAAGUACACACAAUUAUUUCUUUACUAUAUAAUAUCCAAAUCAUUUUUUUUUUUUUUUAAGGAUACGAGUAGUAAUAUUUUAAAAACAAAAGAGACGAAACAAAAUAUUAUUUCUUUCGAUAAUCUCAAUUCGAAUACUACCUACGAAAUGAAAGUUUUUAUAAAAACACAUGUCGGUUAUAACCCUGAGCAAUUUUUCCGUGUCAAUUUUACUACUAAACUUAUGAGUAGGUUAACCAAAAUAUAUUGUAUAUUUGUAUGAAACUAUAAAAAUAUUAUUUCUAUAUGGUCUAUAUGAUAAUUAUAGAUUUGAAGCCAGUUGAUGAUUUAAUGGUUUAUAAAAAGAGUGCGAAGAGUCGUGUAGUAGGACUUCGUUGGAGCUUUUUUUCAGAAAAUACAAAUUUGAGUGGAUUCAUAGUUUCAUUUAAUGAAAACUUAACAAAUACAUCUUUCAUUCUACCAAUGAAAUGUCCUGCUUGGCCAGAAUACUACUGUCAUACAUUCUAUAAUUUAAAUUUUAAUAAAUACUAUGGUAAAACUUAUAAAUUCAAUGUACGUGCAUAAUAAGUUUUUUUAGCAUUUAUUUAUUUGGGCUGAAUAGAAUGAAUUAUCUAUUAAAAGAUAUAUUUUUUAAUCAUUACAGAUAACUCCUAAGUCAUAUGAUUAUCCAAAUGGUGGUGUUGUUUCAUCGAUUUCUUUCAACAUUGAAGACGGACGUAAGUUAAAUGAUAUUUACACUAGUUUCUCGAUUAUUUGAAAUUCAGGGGACCAAUCCGGAAAUAAGAAUUAAAAUACAAAAAAGUUUUCCAAUAUUUAAUCUUGGAGUUUAUUUGAGAAAAAAAUUCAAACCAAAAGACGUUGAGCAAUGUUGUAUUGAAGAAAUGUAAAAUUGAUUCACUAAGCGCGCUUACCUCAUAAUUUAUUUAAUUUUAUAUUCAAAUUCUGUUUUUGGAUUGUUUAAGUGUAUUUAAGCUGCCGAUUUAUUCGGUAUACUUAUAGAUAUAUUUAUCAUUUAAGGAAUAUUUUAUGUUGAUUGGCGAUAAAAACUUUGAUUUUUCAAUUUAGAACUUCUAUUAAAAAUUCCAUAAAUAGAAUUAUAAAAAGGAUUAGUAUUUUUUUAAAUAGAUUUUGAUGUCAACAUUUUUGAUUUCCAUCAAUUCGUUCACUUAAUAUUUUAUUUUUAUUUCAGGUAGGGGAAGAGUAGUGGCUUAUAAUUUAUGUUGUGGCAGGGUGCGCAGCGUUUUAUUAGUGCUUCACUAUUAUUCAUCUACAUAAUCUAAAAAGUUGAAUAUCUUGUCAACGGGUUGACGGAACCCAAUUAAAAAUUUCAACACUGAAAUUUAUUGCAACUAAAACUUUUUCAAUUUAUGCAUUUUUUCAUAUAGGUUCCCUUUCUAAGUGUUAAAGUUGACCCCUAAAACCUUCACAAAUAUUACAGUAAAAUAAAAUAGAGGAAAAAUUAUUUCAGAUCUUUAUAAAUAAAGAUUUGUAUUAUUUAUGUUUCUCUCUUAUGAAAAUUUAUUUGAUAAAACGAUUUACAAGGAUAAUCCUUUUUCCAAAAAUAAAUCUGACUAGUGAGGUACUUUAGGGCGGUUUAAGUUUCCAAUUUUCUUUAAUUUAUUGUUAUUAAUUAAUUUUUGAGAUACAUUUGAAUACAUAAAAGGCAUAUUGUUUUUUAGAUAGGUAUAUUGGCUUAAUCAAAGGUGUGUUUUUUUAUAAAAUUGCAUUCGUUUAUCUAUCCUAGAUUUUUAUUAUAGUGUUUUGGAACUAUAUAUUUAGGUCUAAAAUAUCCUAAAAAUAUGACUGUGUUUUAUAUUUCUUUUAUAUAAUUUCUGUGCGCUUACAAUAUUAAUCCAAAUAUAUUAAUAUUAUGAAAAUAAAAAUAAAAUUAUUUUUAACUACUUCCGUGAAUUUUCAAACAAGUUGCUAGAAAUAACUUUGAAUCAUCCCACUUCUGUAAGUGUCUAGUAAUUAUCCACAUAUGUAUACAUUGAAAUUUCCAUGUCUUAAAAUGCAUUCAUUUCUGAAAUGUAGCAUAGAAAAAAUUUGUUCUUAACUUACAUUACUUGAAUAUUUGCUUUUAUAAUAAUAUAGAAAACUAUAUUAUAAAAAAGUACCGACUAGGAAUUUCCAAAAAUUAAAAUGAAGAUCAAAAUUCCUAAUUCUUGUUUGUAAACUUGUAGACAAAAAAAAAAUACUUAUUGUAUGAAAAUUGUUCCUUGGUCAAUUUGGAAUAUAAAACGUAAAUAUGUCUAAUUUUGAGUGUAAUAAACACUCAGAACCUACAUUUUCUGAUUCUCAUUUAAUAAAUCAAAGUUGGUAUCACCACAGGAUACUCUUUAAAUGUUGUGAAAAAUCUAAGUAGAUAUAUCAAAAAUAGCGGCUUUAACUACACUUAAUAGUUCCAAAAAUCAGAAUUUAUUUUUAUGCAAAAUUUAAUCAAAGAAAUGGAAUGAGCACGCUUUGUAAGUCAUCCUGUAUACAAGUGUGUACAAAGAGAAUAUGUAUUAAACUUGUAGACUAUGAGUAUUGAAUAUAGUAUCUACCCCAAGAAUUAAACUGUAGAAUGUUGAUAUCUUCGAAUUAUUGCAGUUACUGAAAUGCAUUAGAGUAGUUUUGGAGUUACGAAUGUUUUUUUCAUGAUGUUUAAUUUCAUUUAUAAAAUUAUUCGAAUACUUUUUUAUAACAAUUAUCAGCUAUAUUGUGUACAAGGUGUCAUAUUUAGUAUUCUUCUCAUUUAUGUACAGUGCCUGAUUCUCCGGUUAAUCUCAAGGCUCAAGACAUUAAUAAUACUACUAUCACUCUGCAAUGGGAUAUUCCAUGGAUAUUUAAUAGUACUUUAAAAAUGUUCGUUAUGAACAUAGAAGACAUUUUACCUGUGGAUAGUGAAAACAUGGUUGAUUAUAGGAAUCCAAUUAUAGAAAUACAAAUCGACGAAGAAUUACCUACUUAUAAUUAUACGGUAAUUAAUAAAUAAUUUAUAAAAAGGCUGAUAUAUCUACUUUGUACGAUGGGGUGGGUUAUUAUUGGAGAUGAUAAUUUGAGAAGAUGGAAUAUAAAGUGGAGUUCGGUUACACGAUUUUUGAAAAGCCGUAAGAUUUACAAUUUUCGCCAAAAUUGGACAUUAAAUUCUUAUAAAAAAAAAUAAAAAUGAGUGCAGUUUAGAAAUUGUUUUCACUAAAAAUGAUGACUUAUAACAACGUUUUGUUAAAAUUUUAAGCAUUUUAAACAUUUUAAUUUCUGGUUGGUCUAAUAAUUUUGUCCACAGAGUAACUACCAUAGAAAAGUUGUGUAAAAUAUUCGUUAAAUUAUUGUACAUCUAUCUCUAUAAACAGCUUAAAAAUGUCUCAAAUGUUAUGAAAAUUGUGUACCACGUGUAGAAAAAACAAAUAUCAUUAUUAUGUCCAAAAUUCAAGUUUUUAUGAUACUUUUAACUGAAUCACAACAACAAAAAAAAAAAAAAAAUUGAAAAUAAUACAUUUCGUAAAUUUUUCCUUUUUUUUCCCAAUCAGAGCAAAAUUUCUGGUUGAGAAGUUGUUCAGAGGAAAAAUUAAUAAACAACACUUUAAAACCAAUACAUUUCUCUCUUGACUUAAAAUAUAAAUUGUCUUGUAUUUUUAUUUUAAAGGUCUGAGCCCUUUACAUUUAAAUAGUUGCUGGUAUUUAGUAACUGGUAACAUCGAUUGAUAUGCUACGCUAACUAGCAACGUGGAAAUCAGCUUUUAGUGAUGAAAUUAAAACUUCCUUUCAGACUUCGAAGAUUUAAAUUAAAUAGAAUCAGUAAUUUUACUUUAUACAAAAAUCAAAAUGAGUCUCCGCCCUUCUCCGUCUUACCCACAAAAAUAGUCACCCAUGAACUUUUUUUGCGAAAUUUUUAAAUAAAUAAAUUUGUUAAAAAACAGUUAUUUGUGUUAUAGUGAUUUUAAUUCAUAUCUUUUCGAACUUCACGUUUAUUGCAAUAUAAAGUAUAACAACCGUCCCCAUUAACUGGCCCUUUUAAUGCAUUUCAUAUUUUCGUAAUUUUUAUAUUGUUGUACAAUCAGUCGUUAUUUAAGUUUCACAUUACACUAUCAUUUUAACAAAAUAAAUAACACAUUUGUAAUUAAAUAAUAUACAUUUACUAGCUCUCCUGCCCAGCGUUGCCCGUACCAUUUUUUACCCAUAUUCCUUUUUGGUUUUUACUGUGUCAGUAAUGAAUAAUUACAAAUAAAAACAAAUAGGUGGAAAGUGGGUAGUUCACCUUCGCUGGACUAAUAUAGUUUUCUGUUAUAACAUUUUUUCAUGAAAAACUUUAGAAUGAUUGUGAUGUUGUCUUGCCCAGCGUUACCCAUGUCAUUUUUUAUUAUUUUUUUUAGCUAAAUUAUUUGGUGUAUAUAUAUAUAUAUAAAAUACUAAUAUCGCGAUUAAAAAAAAAGUAGAGGGUUGUUUUGUCAUAUAUUUUUAACACACACACAUAUAGACAAAAUUGUUAAACUUACUGUCUUACUGAUGAAAUUACGUUGAAGACAGUUUAAGGCAUUACAUUUAAUUGCAUAAAAUAAUGUGGCACAUAGAUCUUUAGAAUUAUUUGUAUUUAUAAUAGUUACCAUAGAUACGUUUUGACCAAACUUUUCCAUUUUUUUUCUAUUUCGUCCGUGUAACUAAGGUUAUCUAUAAAAAUCGGAUUGAGAUGUCAAUUUUUGAUUUUCUCAAAAGUUUUCUCACCAAAUGCGAAAAACCGAAAAAUAAAAACAGGGAAAUUUACGAAAUAACAAAAUAUAAUAUUACGAUUUUGUUUUCGAUGGACAACUUUUUCACCAGUAAUUUUUGUUCAAAUUUUAAUGAUGCAAGGUUUUUUAAAGGAAAUUUCACUAGGGAGACACUUUAAUGAAGUCAUUUUAAGAUUUUCCUAAUAGUUUUUUCUAGUUAAUGUGAAAACCCGGGAUAAACCUGGGAAAACCGAGAAAAACGUCAGAAACUGGGAAAAUCGGUACAACAUUAAAUAAAUUUCAUUAAAGGAAAUAUAAAAAGCCUAUUUAAUUAUUUACUAUAAAAUGACAUUAUAUAUUGUUGACAUAGCAUCUCUAUCAACUGAAUUCCGCUCAGAAUCGUUUUUUCGUAAGGAAUAGUUUAUCGUUUCUUACAGAUAUACAUUAAAUUCCCGUCUAUAUCCUAUCUUCCCAACUUCCCACCUUUCCAGUGACUGCAUCUAUCCCCAUUAAUAUACAUUUUUUAUUUUUCUGUCUGUAAACAACGUUUUGAAAAAAAAUCUUGUAGAAUAUAUUUUUUGAAAGGAAAUUCUGUCUAGUUGGUGCAUCUCUCAAGAGGAAUCAUUUUUUUUAAUUUUCCAAAGGGUUUUCGAUUCAAUUAUGAAAAACUAAAGGAAAUUUUAAAUAAAACGGCAAAUAUUUUCAACCAGGAAUAUUACUCAAAUCCAAAAAUAACAACAGUUCAAUUUGUUCCUUUUAACAUGCAGCAACUGACGAAGGAUGUAGUUCUUUGAUUUCUAUAGUAUUUGUUAUAAUAAUUAAGGAAAAACCAAAAAGAGAAAACUACGAUUUUUUUUUUAAAUUACGAUACUACAAUUUUAUUAUUUAAACUGUAUAUGACUAAUGAUUUCUACUGUAAAUAUUGCUCCAAUAGAAAAAUGACAAGAGACCUUCAUUGUUGUAGUUUAAAUUUAGUUGGUGUGCAAAAACGUCGUUUUUGAUUUUCUUUAUAGUUUUUUUAAAUUUGACCGAGAAGUAACGGGUAAAUUUACAAAAAAUAUUCUUUUUACUAUUUUAAAUUUUAUUUUUUUUAUUUUGAUUCUGUUAUACAUAUUCGUAAAAAAUUGAAAUUUGAAAAUAGAAUUAAAUUUGCCCGUAAAUUUGUCGUAUAAUUUUCAAAACAUUUGUACCAUUUUUGACCUAUUUAUAGAUAUUAUAUUUUUACGUAACAUUUAUACGGUAGGUACUUCGUGGAUGUAGUUGUUAGAUUAAACAGAAAUGCUUGAGCAUUUAACAAAAAGUUCAUAAUUAUUCGUACUUGACGAUAAAAAAAAUUGAGUGUAAUGUAGAAUUUUUUUUUUAUAAGAGUUUUAAAACCAAAUUUUGGCAAAUAUCGUAAAUUUUACAGUCAUUAAAAACAUGUGUAAUCAAACUUUGCUCAGAAUCAUUUUUCGUUAGCAAUAGUUUAUUAAAGUGGCGCACACUGAGGGGGGGGGAGGUCAGGGGCUAAAAACCCCUUCGAAAUAUCUUCCUUCACUACAUUUUAUUACUCAAAUUUUACAUUUAUCAACAUAAUACCGGUAUUUUAUAUCAUAGAACAAAAUAAAAUUUAAUUUCAUCAAAAAUAAUUUAUUCAGUUAUAAUAGUGAUAGUACUGUACUAAUAUAUAUAUACUAAUAUGUGCUAUUUCCUCUCAAGAAAAUUAUUGUAAACAAAUCACCUUCCGAAAAAAAAUGCUGCGUGCACUACUGGUUUAUUGUUGUGUACAGAUGUAAAUUAAAUUCCUCUCUUUAUCCUACCUUCCAACCAUCUUACCUAUAACAGUGACUUAACCGUUAUACAAAGUAUAUCCGUCUUUUUAAUUGCAUAUUUGGUUAAAAAUAAAUAAAUUACAUCCUAUUAAUCAUGAAUUUGUUUUAUAGGUAACAAAUCUAAAACCCGGAUAUACGUAUACAUUUGGAGUGUUGGCCGUAUCCAAAUCUUUAUGGUAUAGUGUUCCGGCCAGAAUUUCCGUUACAACACUGAGAUAA